UCACCCCUAGCCCUGGUGGGUUCGCUGGCGCUCCCCGCGAUAUAGAAGCCCGUGCGUCCACGAGAGGCCGGCGCGCUGCGACACUCUUACAUCUCCUAGAGCUCUUAACCGUGUUCCUCGUUUCCCGGCUGGCUCCGUCGCAUCUUACUCCAAACGCAUCACGAGAUCUUUCCAUGUGCCGGCCAGCGCCUCCGCGCGUGCUCCAUUGUACCGCUCCAUCGUGAACGGCAGCCAACCUCAGUUCCCAGCCACCUACCCCUCCCACUGCACCUUUCCGCAACUUUGCGCCUACUCAUUUCGACCAGCCAUCAGCCGAAUGACGGAACCCAUGGACCGCGAUUCCAUCUACUCUGAUAUGUCACUAAGCGCGUCGCUGAGAGACUUCGAUCCAGAGCGCAGCAUGCAUAAUUCCGCGUAUAGCGCGCACUCUACCAUGCAUUCGUCUCGCUGGAGCGCUCCUCCCCCGGCCGAGGAAGAUUCGGAAGCAGAGUCGGAAGGACCUUGGGCACCCCCAGCCUGGCAGAAUCAUAACAACAAGUGGUAUCGCAAAUCGUAUUUACAAGAGUCAAGCCCGUCCAAGUCUCGCACUGCCAGUCCGUACGAUCAGCGCUUCGAUCGGGAGGUCACACCAUCACGCAUACCGCUUCCAGAGUCGCCGCGCAAAGGCACACCACGCACGAGUCCAGAGCCCGUGGAGCAGCGCCACUUCACUCCCGACACUAUCGCGUCAAGGCUUCAGAGCCCCGAAGCUGAACCUGAGAUGACUGCAGGUGCGCAACAGCACCCAGAAGAGCAAGAAUCGCCCAAGCGCGACGGAUUCAUCCGUGUAGUGUUCAAGUCUGAGAGUCUCGUGAAUAUGGGGCCCCUCGAGGAGCGCAUUUCGUCCAUUACCCGCGGCAUGUCCAAGGCAAGAGUGGUUAGCAGUUUGGUCUUUCUUGUCCUAGCCUGGCUACUAAUGCACCCCUGGGGUGUCGAAACCGGUAGCCCGGGACCCAACGUCGCCCAUCUAGUAAGCAUGGUGAGGCGAUUCGAGCCACUUUUGUACGCAUCAGAGAAUGUCAUACCGCGGUCGCGCGAGCUCAGCGACGCAUCGAUUGCGGUAGAAGACCUCGGCGAGAGUAUCAGGGCUAGCAAUAUGUCUGGAUCGAAGAUCAUCGUGACUCAGCUGGACGAUCUGAGCGAAAACUUGAAAACGCUUUCACAACAAAUUCAGACCUUCUUUGUUCACGUUGACGGUGACAUGGAUGGCACCAUCAGCGCCAUCGGCUGGGCUACGCGCCAGCUUGAGGGAAUACAGGGCUCACGCGCCGGUGUAAUAGAUACUGUCAUCGGCAACGUCCAUGGUGGACUGAACAAGAUUGGGGUAUUAGGAUCAGACGACCAACCCAGCGCUGUCGGAGCUGUAGUCACUGGCUUGAUGGGAUCAACAACGCAGCAGAAGGCAAAAGCGGCUCUGCAAAGAUCGUUCGAUUUCGUCCUCUCGACAUUGGAAGAGAACCUGCAAAACGAACUCAGCCGCGCGGACAGCCUGUUCCAGAUGUUCGACAAUGUGGACUUGCAAUUCCACAACCUCCACCGGACAGUCGCCAAGGAAGAAGACACACUCGCUGCGCAGAAAGACGAGUUCUUGGCCUCCAUGUGGCGCACUACGAUCACCAACAAGCUCAGACUGAAAAAGUACGAGAGGAAUCUUAAGCUUCUGAAGACUUUGCGCUCAAGUGCACUCGCGAACAAGUCUGAGCUCAAGAACAACAUCCAAAUCAUCCGGGCGGUCCAGGACCAGCUCGUGGUGGCGCGGAAGAGCCUGAUAUCACCGGUCAUACGAGGCGCCCAGUCAGACUCGUACAGCAUCGAGAAGCAGCUCGAAGACGUGGUGGCCACGCAUGACUUCCUGCAAGGGAUCCGUGACACGCAGAAACACAAAUUCACGAAGCAGCUGUUCGCCGCGCCCAGCCGCCCAGCCAUAUCGAUUACCACCGGUCGAGACGACGAUGAAGAGGCGGAGUACUGAGCUGGCGAUCAAGAUGCUGCGACCAGGGUGUACUAGUCGUUUGUGAUGAUUACUACGAAGCAGAGCAUAGCGAAAGGCAUAGACAAAGCAUGCAUGUCAGGCACGGAGUUUUGGUUAGCGGAAGCGGAAGGCGCCGGCGUUGUUCAUCAGGCGCAAUUGCUCUUGUCGAUUUGUGUCUUCCUUGGCUUUCUGGAUACGAUGUCACGUGGGGGGCAGCGGCGGGCUGUGUUUACAUAUACCCUCUGUAGAACUCUAGCGCAAUCACACCUU